AUGCCACUCGUCGUUCCUGGAAUCAACUCAUCUAUGGGUGACAAGUCCGAGUGGGUCAAUAGGCUGAUGGGAAAGACCAUCGGUGAUAACAGCAACGAGACAUCUUUCGCAAAGCAAGACCUACCCCAGUCUCACCGAGUUUUGAAGCCCGGCGACAUGAAGACUAUGGACCAUGAUCCCAACAGACUCAACAUUCAUGUCAACGAAGAAGGAGCCGUACACGAUGUCAACUACGGUUAA